AUGAUGUCAAACGUCUUAAAAAGGGUACAAGCAGGAUGUCUACCAUGGGGUUUCUGUCUGUUGGGUUUAGCAACAAGCUCGGCCUUGAACACCGCAAAGGGUUCCCUACCAGCCACCGCCCGUGUCAGUUCCCGACUUCUCGAAAGGCAUUCGUCUGCCGCCGGGUUUGUUUCAGCACUUGGGUCCAAGUCCGAUUUUGUUUCUGCACCUGGGGAUGGGCAUCUUUACAUCAAUGACACGCUUUUCGAUUUCAGGAGUUUCAACUCUCCCACUAUCUUCGAAGGCGGAGAGUUUCAAGGACGUGAUUUAAUACAAACAAUUUCAGCUUUCGGUAGCCCGGUCACUCGCACUUACACACUGCAUGUGGCCAACACAAUGUUCACAGACGGCCGGGAACCACCGUCUUCAUCUCACAUCCUUGGUUGGGACGAUAACGCCAGUGACUGGAUAUAUAAUGAAACAAAUUGGAGGAAAAUAGAUAAAAUUUUGGACUUAUCUCGUCAAUAUGGUAUCAGGCUCAUAAUCCCAAUCAUCAAUCAGGACUAUGGGACUAGCGGGACAAACUGGGUCGGAAAUUUCAAUGAUUUGAUCCGACACAGGUACGGAAUCGAGGACUACACGGUUGCAAACCAGGCGGUGGAUUGGUUCACAGACCCCGAAAUGAUUCGGAGCUACAAACAAAUCAUCGCUUUUUUCUUGAACCGAAUCAACACCUUCAACGGGAUCCGGAUUGGUAAUGACGAGACUGUUCUAGCUUUUGAGACGGGAAAUGAAAUGAAUUGGGGUGAUAAAAAUCAGAAGAUUUAUAAAAGGGCUGCCCCGGCCAGUUGGACAAUUGAGAUCGCGCAACACAUCAAGUCACUGGCUCCAAAAACGUUGGUAAUGGAUGGCAGCUUCUCGCGGAAUCCAUCAGCCGCAUGGAAUGACGAAGUACUAGAUUCCCCGUUUGUAGACUUAUUUUCUUACCAUUUUUAUGGUACAGGUGAUACUAGGUUUUAUAAAAAUCUUCAAGAUCUGGUACAACUGCAUGAGAAGACCUUCAUUGUCGGCGAACACGGCUUUUAUGAGCAAGCCGAAACCUAUGAGGCCUUUUAUAAGAACAUAACUUGUGCCGGAGCUUUUGUGUGGUCGCUGCUUCCGCAUUCCGAGAAGGGAGGUUUCCUGACCCAUGGUGAAGGCCACAACAUUUUUGCCUAUCAUGCUCCUGGAUUCAAGAACCAGACAUCGAAAAAUUUCGACACACAAGAGGCUGAAGUCAUUUCGUCCACUUAUAAUGCUAGCUAUCGAAUCCUUGGGCUAGAGCCGCCACCUAAACCGGUACCUGGCCCCCCAGAAGCAUUCCUUCUUAACAAUGGUACAACUUAUGGAAUAUCUUGGCGGGGCUCUGCUUGGGCGCAGAGAUACCAAAUUCUAGGUGCCGGGGCUAAAAAUAAGAAUAAUCUGAGGGUUAUCUCAAAAUACAUACCGGAUAACGUUGAUGCUGGUCAACUAUUUAUCCCCCUCAAACCAAACGAGCCCACAAAACCGAUCAAGAUCACAUUGUCCAGACCAGUACCGAAAAAAUUACAUACGGGUUGGGUGGACAACAAGUGGUGUGCACCGGAAUCACCAGCAUCUUGUCCCAAGAAGUCCAAUUUUUCAAGACAAGAUAAUCCUGAAGAUUCGAUCUCAUACCCGGGCCAGCCCUUUGACAAGGGAACCAUUGAGGACACUCAGAAACUUCACAGUCCAGUUCAACUUGGCGCUAUAGUCCCAGAAGAUUCCUCAUCUGGUGGUUGGUUUGCGGUCCGUGCAAUAAGCGCCGAUGGGGUCCCUGGCAAAAUUUCGAAACCAGUUUUUCUCAAAACAUAG